AUGUUCGCUCCUAACACCAAGUCUCCCUUUGGGUGUUGUGGCGUCGGUGCAAGAGAUUUUCAGAAGUCGGCGUGCCGCAACCAUGACCAGUCCAAAGUGCACCUCGCGGCGAUGGAAGCUGAACGACUCGCUCAAGGCACGGAGGUGAGGCAGCGCAGCCUCUUGGACAUGCUGAGCACCGACCCUGUGAUGGCGAGGGUCAUCAAGUGCAUGCAAGGGGCCUCCUGGUACGCCUUCGGCGAGUUCAUUGAGGCUAUGGCGGAGCAUCUGGCGGGCCGGCUGCUUGUGGACAUCAAAGAGUCGGCCAGCGAGGCGUUGGCUGCUAAAGAUGCCGCGAAGAGCUUCCCUGAAUUCAACAUCGUCGACCAGAUGAUACGCCAGACUGCAGAGCGUCUCGGGCGUUCAUCAACCGAUCACAAGACCUACAUGCACCUGCAGGAUGUCAUUCUGCAAACGCACCUGGAGGUGCAAGGCUUCUGUGCUGUCCGCUGGUUGUCUCGCGGGGAUGCUGUGCAUCGCUUUUGUGACGUGCUGCCGGUGCUGAUGUGGAUGUGGACAAAGGACAAGGAGGACAAGACGAAGAGAAUCGCAACCAGCUUCAAGUUCCACUUCAUGCUGUAUCUUCUGGCGGACGUGCUGCAGCUGCUCAACGGACUCAACCUUGCCUUCCAGAAGAAGACGGUUGACAUUGACAUCACAGAGGUGAAGAAUCAUGUCGACAAGGUGAAGACCAAGCUGUCGCAGUACUAUGUUGAGCCCGGCGCAUCCAAUGGGCCGAACGACUCUCGCCUCAACACGUUCAUUGCUGCACACGGCAGCAAGGACAAGCGCAAGCUGGAGCUCAAGGGAGUGGAUGAGAGCGGCAGUCCUGCGACUGCCACUGUCGAGCUUCACGAGGACGCCAUCGUCCACGGUGGCGGUGACGGUGACGGUGACGGUGGGGGAUGCGACUUGGAGUCCUGCGUGGACCUGGCCAGGCGGUUCGCUCAGCGCCUGAUCAAGGCCCUGGGGAAGAGGAUGGCAAACCUGCGCCAUUUUGAUGGUGUUGGUUUUUUCAGCCCUGAUCGUUAUUCCGUAUGUGCAGGAGAGUAG